AGUAACCCUAAGCGCUUCGGACGGGGAGGUUGUGUCGCCACGCGCCGCAAACACAUCGCGAUCUCCGCAAACUAUAAACAUUCGCCGACAAUGUUAUGAUUGAAAACCAAACAAAAUGAACCAUGGAUUUUUGUAUCGGUAAAAAUUAUAAUAAGUGUAUUUUUUCACGUGGAAUAAUAAACUAUGCGGUGUGAAGUGCGAAGUGACGUUAAUCAGUAGUGUCAAGCAUGACCGCGGGUCCAAUUAAAAGAGAUAAUCUCAGAUGGAACCAGUUCAAGUGUGUAGUGCUUUUGCAUCUUUUGUUCAGUUUCCCUUGCGCGACAAAAGCUCAAAGUCGGGCUCCGCGUAUAAAGGAGCACCCAGCUGACACUAUAGUGGGUAGGAGUGAGCCUGCAACUCUUCGCUGCGUCUCUGAAGGGAAGCCGAAGCCCACGAUCCAGUGGUACAAGGAUGGGUCACCCCUUGCUCCUACUGACCACCCACAUAGAGUACUGCUUGAAGAUGGACUGCUGUUCCUUAGGGUUAUGCGAGGAAAGAAAGAAAACGACGAGGGUGUGUACUGGUGCGUCGCACGCAAUUCAGUCGGGGAAGCGGUCAGUAAGAACGCCACGCUCACCAUUGCUGUUCUUCGAGACGACUUCAGAGUUGAGCCUCGUGAUGUGAAAGUAGCCAGUGGUGAACCAGCCACACUAGAAUGUUCCGCUCCGAAAGGCGUUCCCGAUCCGGGCGUACACUGGACGAAGGAUGGACAAACUUUAGAUGUAGAAGUUAACGGGAGAAUAAUGAUAGUAAAUGGUGGUGAUCUCAGAAUAUUAGAAAGUCUUCCAGGAGAUAGUGGUGUUUAUAGAUGUUCAGCGUCUAAUGUAGCCGGGGAAAGACAAUCCCGUCCCGCGACAUUGCUCGUAUUACGCAGACCACAUUUUCUCGUGAAACCUAAUAACAUAACAGCAUUGAUAGGCCAGAACGUUGAAUUUCAUUGUCAGGCAUCGCCAGAAUCAGAUGUGUCGGUGACGUGGUCUCGCGACAAUGGUUCAUUAUCGCCAUACGCGAUCAUUCGUCGAGGAUCUCUGAGAAUAGAUCGAGUUGUUGCCACCGAUGCCGGGACUUAUACAUGUAGGGCUGAGAGCCAAGCGGGAAGCAGUGCGGUAGCAGCUACACUUACUGUUCAUUCACUACCUCAUUUCACUCGAGUGCCUUCUGACCAGACUGCGUGGGAAGGUGAGGCAAUAUCCUUUCAAUGCGAAGCUGAGGGUACACCGCCGCCCGUUGUUUUUUGGACUAUGGAGGGAUCACAGGAACUGGUGUUCCCAAAAUCGACACACGGUACUGGGUCGUUGUACCUAGAUAGGGUAACAACACAACACGCUGGCAGACUGACAUGCGUUGCUGUAAGUGCCGCUGGAAGUGCUAUGCAUACCGCCACAUUACAGGUACUAAGAAGAGAAGCCAAUUCAUUUAAUGGAGACCUAGAAUCUUCGUCUCCAUACCCUGAAUUGUCGAAGCACCAAAAUCAUCAGCCGAUGACUCAGUAUGAGUUGGUUCAAGCUCGUCGAUACCUACAGCAAGAUGUUCUAGCUCUGAGAAGAGUUGAAGGGAUGUCUGCCACUACGGUCAAAAUAGUUUGGGAUGUUUUAACAGACUAUAAUGAGUACUUAGAAGGAGUAAAAAUAUGGUUCAACGGUACCUCCCUAAACCGACAAUACGUUUUAGAAGAAGACUACCAGCAUUCCAAUUUAUCUUUUAAGGAAACUUUAGCUGACUUUACAAAGUAUGAAAACUUUUCUAUGACCACAGUUCACAAUAGCGGGUCAUCUAGUCAUAUUUUAACUGGCCUAUUGCCUCAUGCUCAAUAUGAUGUAUUUUUAAUGCCGUUCUAUAAAUUACUUUUGGGCAAACCUUCAAAUAUGAAGACGGGAUUUACUGAAGAAGAUGUUCCAACGGAGCCACCACAAAGCGUCACAGCGGGAGUGAUAAAUGCGACGUCAGCGUGGAUUCGGUGGGAUCCACCACCCCCGCAUACAUGGAACGGCGAACUUUCCGGUUAUUUGAUUGAGGUUCGUGUGGGCGGUAGUACUGGCGGUCGCGUGGUCGGUCAGAUGUCGUUGGGAGCUCGUACACGGGCUGCUGCGGCAAGUUCCCUGCGGGCUGGCGGCCGGUACAGCGCACGCGCCGCCGCUGUCACACGCCGCGGACACGGCCCUUUCAGCGCGCCCGCGUACAUACACAUGCUGCCCACGCAGUCACAGAGACACUACGUACAAACUGAACCAUCGACGGACAAAGCGAUAGUGUCAAUGUUCCAAGAAACUUGGCUGCUAGCAUUAUGUCUAACUUUGUUAGUGUUAGUGCUAGUCGGCACUGGAGUCAUUGUUUACAUAAGGCGAAAGCAGACAAAGCAAAGAAAAAGCCAAAACACAACUGGUACAGCUAUUGUUAAUGCUCAACAUUGUCUGUUGGGGAAAGAGGCUGUUUGGCUAAGAGAAAGGCCAGUGUUUGAAGGCUCUAAUGAACCUAGGAUAGAGAUUUUAAAUUGCCACCAAAGUCUUUUGCACGGUGGGCAUUCAAUAGGUACGAUGGCUAUGGAAGCGGAGUACAGUCUUCCACAACAUACGAAUGUUAUGAAUCCAAUACCAGAAGAAUCUCAACUAAGGAGGCUCCAACCAGAGCCUUACGCAUCCAGUGCUAUUUACACUGAAUUGAACUAUCAGGACCACACGGACGCAGAAGAUUCUUGCAUGAAAUGUGCUGUAAGCCCAGGCUCUUACGAUAACAGCAUGGUCAGAUCGUAUGGAGAAAGCAAUCAAUACUCAAACGAGGAAUGUUCAACAUGCUGCAGAAGCAGCAGCUCCACACUCACUAAAGACUACAGUGAAAUGACAAAAUGUGGGAACGAUGACGAAAUGCAAGACAUCUCAAUAGAAGACUGUCCGUCUUGCAAAACAAAUCACUCGAGGUCUUCAAGCCAUCACGAUGGCCACAAAGAUUGGGCUAUGGCCGAAGUAGAAUACGAUUACCCACAAUGGCAUUGGUUGGGAAGAGAAAACACAUUUAGGCAAACCAACCAAGAAAUGAGGUACGCCAGUGAGGGGCGAAGCGAUCAAGAUUGUAGAAUGAAUUUAUGUGAUAUUCUGCCUCCGCCGCCUUAUGAGAGGGAAUCGCCAUAUCGAGAAAUGAACGCAUUCACAAAUCACUCAGGGACGUCAGGUUGUUCAGGUCAUACUUAUAGAAGUUAAUUGAAUUUAUUGUAAAUUAAAUUAAUAUCACUAGGAUGUAAUACAAGCAAUAUUACUUGAUAGUGAACUGUACAAAUGUAUAAAGGUCUUUGCAUAUUAUGAUCGUUAAGGUAAAGUGGGAUACCUGUUAUACCGUCGCGUAAUCAGAUAAAGAUAUCUAGGGAACUAUAAAAUAUCUCUGGCUAAUUGUUCCAGUGGUAAUAUCAAAUCAUAACAUCAAAACCACAAAACAAAUCAAGAAUUGACUGGAAAACCUUUGAAUAAUAUUGAUCAAUUUAACGACUGAGUCGUUUUGUUAAGCAUUAAAGUUUAUUCAAAUGAUUUGGUUCUGCAUAAUACAUCGGCUCCUGUUUUAUGAUUUGAUUGAAAUUCAUGUUUCGUUAGUCAACAAUUACUUACUGCUUUGGUGAAGUGGGUGUUGUUACGCGACGGUGUGAUAGACGGCUUAAGAAGAUUGUAUGUAGUUCUUGUGGACGUGUUUACAAAUAGACUGCUAUGUAACGUAAUGUAGGCAUUAGGUUUUCAUCUUUCUCUAGUGACUGUGAUAUAGUAUAAUUUCGUAUUCAAAUUUACGUUUUUUGUAAAUAUUUUGAAAUAUUUGAUAUCCUUAUACAAUUUUAUCAUUGACGUAUUUAUUGAGUGUAGUGAUUUAGGAUUUCGAAUGAGAACCAAAUUUUUAAAUAAUGAAAUAUUUUAAACAAUCACAGUUGUGUAUCAUUUUGUACUGAGGCAGAAUUCCUACACUGCAUCGGAUAAUUUGUACUACGUAAUACCGGCUUAAUUAAAACUGGAAGAUUUUUUUA